AUGUCGCUCAGUGAACAUCGAGACACCUACCACACAUCGAGGUCCAUCGCCAUGGAAUUGCAGCCUAUUUCCAAACUCCGGCCUGAGAAGAAUCAGGCGAAAACCCGUACCAUCUUUACCUUCACCCAUAAUGUCGCCUCUAUCGGUGCUCUAGUUGUACUCCUCUACGGAUUUAACGACCAGCCGCUGCCCAACUGGCCAUCGGGCAUCACUGUCAACACGGCUGUCGCGUUUAUAUCGACGGUGGCAAGAACUGCGUUCACCGUCCCGGUAGCUGAGGGGCUGUCUCAGUGCAAGUGGAAUUGGUUCAAGAAGAAGCCGCGACAUUUAAGAGAUUUCGACCUAUUCGACUCGGCUUCUAGAGGGCCUUGGGGCUCAAUGAGCCGGUUGAUUCGCACAAAAGGAUGGGGAGUUGGCAUUCUCUCAGCUAUUUUACUCGUGUCCGCUGUCGCUACGUCGACCUUAACUCAGUCCGCUAUUUCGUAUCCGGAGCGAAACAUCACAGAUGUCACGGAUCUGCUCACAGUAGCUAAGAAUGAGGAUUCCACAACAUCAAUAACGCUUCCCAACGGGGUUAACAUGACAGUCAAUGCUACUGAGCGCGUAAUCGUUGAGUCGAGAGAGCCAAUAUCUGAUUAUAACCCGGAUAUUUUCCUGUCUAGCAUAUUUAAUUACUCUGUCAUCCAUUGGGAUGCUGGCAAACCCCCUCGAGCAGCCGACGUAGUCAUGCAUUGGUGUGUCAACACAUACGACGCAAAGAUGGAAAACAACAAGCUCCAAACGCCACAGAUCUCAUCACAUACACAGUGCCAGAGGUCGACUGGAGGGGUCUAUGCUGAUGCCAUCGAGCUGAGCUCACAGGCCGAGAACGUCAUGGAUUACGUUGUAGGAGGGGUCUCGAGGUUGCGGAUCACCGGCGUGCUACGAGAGGCAAUCACCGGCGAGAGUGCCAGAGAUCCAAUGAAACGUAUCACCACGGGCAGCGAUAGGCUUCUGCAUGCCAUGGCCGAAAUCAAGUUCGAGUACGACGGCAGAGUUGAGGAAGACCGUCCAACGGAACAAGAGCUGCAAGAUAUCUGGUGGGACGCUAUCGACAGGAUGGCGCGCAACAUUGAGACAGGCUUGAUAAAUUUGUGA